CAGGCAACGAAUCUGAACCCCAGCGCCAUGGUGCUGCUCAGAGUUCUUGCCAUCAGCUUUCUUCUGCCAGUGACUGCGGAGUCCAACAGCUACCAGAACUACAUCUCGCAAUAUGCCGGAGAUUACUUGAAGAAGUUUGGGUCCAAGAGCUCCGGGUAUGAUGAAUACAUCCAGAAGUACACGGGCGUGGGCGAUUCCAAAGCUUCAGAAGAGCCAGUGACCCUCAUGGCCGCCACUGCUGAUUCCAAGGACGCUGAAAAUUCCGGUGACUACCAGAAAUAUACCACUCAGUAUUCAAAGUACAUGCAGGGCCAGGGCAAGGAUGCACAGGGAGGUUCCCAGGGCGGUGACUACCAGAAGUACAUGUCCGAUUACGCCGGCAAGUACAUGCAGGGCCAGGGCAAGGGUGCGCAGGGUGGUUCUCAGGGUGGUGAAUACCAGAAGUACAUGUCCGAUUACGCUGGCAAGUACAUGCAGGGCCAGGGCAAGGGUGCACAGGGUGGUUCCCAGGGUGGUGACUACCAGAAGUACAUGUCCCAGUAUGCCAACGACUUCCAGAAGUACAUGCAGGGCCAGGGCAAGGGUGCGCAGGGUGGUUCCCAGGGUGGUGACUACCAGAAGUACAUGUCCCAGUAUGCCAACGACUUCCAGAAGUACAUGCAGGGCCAGGGCAAGGGUGCACAGGGUGGUUCCCAGGGUGGUGACUACCAGAAGUACAUGUCCCAGUAUGCCAACGACUUCCAGAAGUACAUGCAGGGCCAGGGCAAGGGUGCACAGGGUGGUUCCCAGGGUGGUGACUACCAGAAGUACAUGUCCCAGUAUGCAAACGACUUCCAGAAGUACAUGCAGGGCCAGGGCAAGGGUGCGCAGGGUGGUUCUCAGGGUGGUGACUACCAGAAGUACAUGUCCGAUUACGCCGGCAAGUACAUGCAGGGCCAGGGCAAGGGUGCGCAGGGUGGUUCUCAGGGUGGUGACUACCAGAAGUACAUGUCCCAGUAUGCCAACGACUUCCAGAAGUACAUGCAGGGCCAGGGCAAGGGUGCACAGGGUGGUUCCCAGGGUGGUGACUACCAGAAGUACAUGUCCCAGUAUGCCAACGACUUCCAGAAGUACAUGCAGGGCCAGGGCAAGGGUGCACAGGGUGGUUCCCAGGGUGGUGACUACCAGAAGUACAUGUCCCAGUAUGCAAACGACUUCCAGAAGUACAUGCAGGGCCAGGGCAAGGGUGCGCAGGGUGGUUCUCAGGGUGGUGACUACCAGAAGUACAUGUCCGAUUACGCCGGCAAGUACAUGCAGGGCCAGGGCAAGGGUGCGCAGGGUGGUUCUCAGGGUGGUGACUACCAGAAGUACAUGUCCCAGUAUGCCAACGACUUCCAGAAGUACAUGCAGGGCCAGGGCAAGGGUGCACAGGGUGGUUCCCAGGGGGGUGACUACCAGAAGUACAUGUCCCAGUAUGCAAACGACUUCCAGAAGUACAUGCAGGGCCAGGGCAAGGGUGCGCAGGGUGGUUCUCAGGGUGGUGACUACCAGAAGUACAUGUCCGAUUACGCCGGCAAGUACAUGCAGGGCCAGGGCAAGGGUGCGCAGGGUGGUUCUCAGGGUGGUGACUACCAGAAGUACAUGUCGGAUUACGCGGGGAAGUACAUGAAGGGCCAGAGCAAGAGUGCCGAGAACGAGGAAGAUUCGACUAAAGGUCACGAAAAGAAGACGAAGAAGGAGGCAAAGAGUUCCAAGGAGUCUGAUGACGAGAAGGUUGAGCUGGAAGGAAGUGCCACGGCCGAAAACCUCUUGGAGGAGGAAGACCAGACUCCUUCAACCCUACUGUAUGCCCCGCUCCUGCUGCUGGCCGUUGGCGGUGCCUUCUCCAUCUAUGUGGAAUCGCAGCGCCGCCGCUCCGCCACCGUUCAAGCCGUGCCGGAGGGAUACCUGCAGCUGGAACCCAUGAGCGACAUGGCCUAGGCCCUCACGGCAUGUGACCAUCUGACCUGUUUUUUUUGGAAGAUGGAUGGCUUAGAUUUGGUGGUUUCAAAGCAUGUUUCUAAUUUUCAUAGCUUGAUGAUGCCACUUGACUCAUUUGACGGCUUGAAACCACCAUUCGUAUAGGGAAAUCCCUCUGCUGGCCCGAACGCACGCCAUGAUCUCUGAGCGGAGCUCGAAACUUCGGCAUUUUUGCGCAACACGCUUUUGGUCUGCCGCUUUGGCCGGUGCUUGGCCGGCGCUUCUUUUGUUAAGCCGGCGGGGUGGCGGAGUGCCCGAGCAGUGGAGCACUCCAAAACCCGUGGAUGUUGACCAUGUUGACCAUUUCGGGUCAAAGGGAACUCUUGAAUGUACCGAGCUAGUCG